AUGCCUACGAUUGAAGAAAUUCUGAAUGCAGCCCACGUCCUGGCGACAUUACGACUAAUAAAUGUCCAAGAAUUGCUCCCUCAUCGAGACAAGCUAGAGGACGCUCUACGCGUCCUGCAAGAACAAGUGGAUGCUGCACGAGCUAUUCAACUCCCCACCGCAAUUUCUCGCAACCCACCUGACGACCACAACCCGUCUUCUUACAGUACCUCACCCGCCGAAGGCAACCCACCCGCCGAAGGCAACCCACCCGCCGAAGGCAACCCACCCGCCGAAGGCAACCCACCCGCCGAUAGCAAUUCACAACAAAGCAACUCACGCGCCGAAAGCAAUCCACCAUCAUGUUGCAAAGCGAUCGAUCAAUUAUUUGAAGCUUUGUCUCGUGAAAAGGAAACUAUAUUGAGUUCCUUUAGAGGUCCUGAAUACGAUUUCGCAAAUGGCUGGUUUGAUGAAGAUCCUCGUAUCAUUGAUAUUUCUCUUGCCACUCCGACUAGCAAUCCUGAGGGUAAGCUACGACGAGGUUUGAGUCAAAGAUCAUUGGCUAUAGAGUAUGACCAAUGGGAAAAGGAGAAGUUUAAGACAUCCCGACUUGACGAGAUUUCCGAGGAUCCAAAACAUUUCUGCAAGUCUCGUCGCAGCGGCCAUAUCAGUGACUUUGUGAAGGCCCACCAAUUUAAAGACGAAAACACUGCAAUGCACGGAAUCAAACAUGGCCUGAGACUUCUUGUUUUUGAGUCCAUUUAUGGCGUCGCUGGAAUCUCGGCCAUUCUCAUCUUCCUAUACCGCUCUUUUCGCUCCGUCAAAUAUUCUUUUUUCUCAGAUCUGGAGGAUCGGUUUGAAAAACAGGAUAGGGAUACUGAGGAAGAGCAGCAGAAUACGAAUGCGGAGGAAGAGCAGCAGGAGUCGGAUAUCAACAGCCUUACAUGGAGAAAGCUAGCGGAAAGACAGACAACCUGGCUGGUGAAAUGUCAAGAAAGCUACGACAGUAAGUUUUGCCCCGGCAUCUGGUAUAGUCUGUGUUAA